AUGUCAUCCCCUUCACCAUCUCUGCGCAAGAGAGGUCGAAAGAAGGAGACAUACGCGGCUGUUCCUUCGGACGAUUCCCUACCAAUUGUGUCAGUCCAGGCUCCAAAGUCCGAAUGGGAUUACUGGCUGGCCAUUUCCAUUCUCACUGUUUUGGCCUUUGCAACCCGUUUCUACCGCAUUGACUACCCUAAUGAGGUUGUUUUCGAUGAAGUCCACUUUGGCAAGUUCGCCUCAUACUACCUUCAACGUAUGUACUUCUUCGAUGUCCACCCGCCUUUUGGAAAGCUUCUUUUUGCCUUGAUGGGCUGGUUCGUGGGAUACGAUGGCCACUUCCUGUUCGAGAAUAUCGGUGAUUCCUACAUCGACAACAAUGUGCCUUACUUGGCUCUGCGUGCUAUGCCAGCUACCCUUGGUGCCAUUACCAUCCCCGUUGUUUUCUUGAUCAUGUGGGAGUCUGGGUACUCGCUUCCGGCCUGCGUUCUUGCAGCUGGACUCAUGGUGUUUGACAAUGCCCAUGUGGGCGAGGACCGUCUGAUCCUUAUGGAUUCCACCUUGGUGUUGACCAUGGCACUCAGUAUCUUGUGCUAUGUCCGAUUUUACAAGCUGCGACACCAAUCCUUUAGCCGGAAGUGGUGGAAGUGGCUCCUUUUGACUGGAUUCUGCAUGAGCUGCGUCAUCUCGACCAAGUACGUGGGAUUCUUCACUUUCGUCACCAUUGGUUCUGCUGUCUUGAUCGACCUGUGGAACCUCUUGGAUAUUCACCGAAGUGAGGGAGCUCUGGACAUGUUCACUUGGGUCAAGCACUUUGGUGCCCGUCUUGUUGCGUUGGUCAUCAUUCCCUUCUUUUUCUACCUCUUCUGGUUCCAGGUUCACUUUGCUAUCCUCACCCGGUCUGGACCUGGUGACGAGUUCAUGUCUCCCGAGUUCCAGGAGACCCUGAGUGACAAUGCGAUGACUGCUCAAUCUAUUGGCGUUCAGUACUUCGAUAGCAUCAGCAUUCGCCACAAGGACACCAAGGUUCUACUUCACAGCCACUGGGAGAAGUAUCCUCUCCGUUAUGACGAUGGCCGUAUCUCCAGCCAAGGCCAACAGGUUACCGGUUACCCCCACAAUGACACCAACAACCUGUGGCAGAUUUUGCCCACCAAGCCUCUGCCGGAAACUGACGAGCCCCAGAAUGUGCUGAACGGAGACGUUAUCCAACUGCUCCACAUUGGCACUGACAGCGUUCUCCUCACUCAUGACGUUGCCUCACCUUUCUACCCUACCAACCAGGAGUUCACUACCGUCUCGCGCGAGCUGGCUGAGGGUGAUCGACGCAACGACACCAAGUUCGAAAUCAGCAUCGAGAACGGCAAGCCUGGUCAAGAAUUCCGCACAUUUUCCAGUCUGUUCAAACUCGUCCAUGUCCCGACGCGGGUGGCUAUGUGGACACACACUACUCCUCUCCCCGAGUGGGGUUUCAAGCAGGCCGAGAUCAACGGUAACAAGAACCUCUUGCAGACCAGCAACUUGUGGUUUGCGGAGACCAUUGACAACCUGGAGCCUGACAGUCCCCGUCUCGUGCGCGAGGAGCGUAAACCAAAGACGCUGCCUUUCUUCCGCAAGUACUUUGAACUGCAAGGUGCCAUGUUCCACCACAACAAUGCCCUGACUAGCAGCCACCCCUACGCGACAGAGCCCUUCCAGUGGCCCUUCCUGUUGCGUGGAGUGAGCUUCUGGACCAAGAACGAGACUCGUGGUCAGAUCUACUUCUUAGGUAACCCUAUCGGCUGGUGGAUUGCCAGCAGUCUGCUGGCAGUGUUUGCCGGUAUUGUCGGUGCCGAUCAACUCUCUCUCCGCCGUGGAAUUGAUGCACUGGAAGAAAUUUGGGGACCUGGAACUCGUUCACGUCUGUACAACAGUACUGGGUUCUUGUUCUUGUGUUGGGCGGCCCACUAUUUCCCCUUCUGGCUGAUGGGCCGACAGCGCUUCCUGCACCACUACCUACCGUCCCACUUGGCAUCAACCCUAGUCGCAGGAGCGCUAAUUGAGUUUAUCUUCAACGUGCAGCCUUUAGAUCCCCGCACGGCUCAGCCCCCCGAGGAUGAUCCGUCGGGCAAGGCCAAGAGCUAUGGCAGCAUGCGCAGAUUUGUGACAGCUAAGGAGCGCAUGGGCCGCAAUUCGGUCGUUGCGGCAUGGAUCGCGACGCUCGUCAUUCUUGGGGCCACAAUCUGGGGCUUUUGCUUCUAUGCGCCACUGACUUACGGUACUCCCGGUCUUGACGUUGCUGGCAUCCAGGCUCGCCGGUGGUUGAACUACGAUCUUCACUUUGCGAAAUAA